AGCUCUGAGAUCUGAGUGCUGUAGCUCGUAUCGUGCGUUAUCUCGGGGAAGCUUGUGAAUAUAAGGCGAUAAUCAUGGACUGGGUGCACUGUAUUAUUGAUAUCGCACAAGACGGAGGCGUGUUCGUGACAGUUCCCGGUCAAGUGGGUUUCAUUUAAUGUUCCUUUUUUAAAAUUCCGAAAAAUUCUACCAACCUUUUAAAUAUAACGAGUUCUUGUUUUCUUUAUUAUCUCUUUAUUGAAGACAACGAUGGCUUUAUACAGCUUGAAAAACAAUCUCCAUUUGACGACAUUGAAGACGCUUUCACUCGUUUCAAUCAGCGUGAUGUCUCAGAAGCAAACAGUCCAAGAAAUCUUUCGUACAGCUGACUGCGUGUGCUUCGAUGUGGACUCCACCGUUAUAAGGGAUGAAGGUAUCGACGAACUCGCCAACUUCUGCGGAAAAGGGGAUGAGGUUAAAAGACUAACCGCGGAAGCUAUGGGCGGCAAUAUGACGUUUCAAGAGGCCCUUAAGAAGAGACUUGAUAUUAUAAGACCCAGUGCUAGUCAAAUUAAAGAAUUCAUUGAAACACAUCCUAUACAUCUCACGCCUGGAAUAUCUGAAUUAGUGAAGACGUUACACGAGAGAGGUGUAGCUGUGUAUUUAGUGUCAGGAGGCUUCAGAUGUCUUAUUGAACCGGUUGCCGAGAUCUUGGAAAUUCCCAAAGCGAACGUAUACGCUAAUAGACUCAAAUUCUAUUUCAAUGGUGAUUACGCUGGCUUCGAUGACACGGAGCCUACUUCUCGUUCCGGUGGUAAGGGUCUGGUGAUAAGACGUCUGAAAGAACACCACCACUACCAGAGACUGGUCAUGAUUGGUGAUGGGGCCACUGACGCCGAGGCCAGUCCCCCAGCUGAUGCGUUCAUUGGUUUUGGUGGAAACGUAGUGCGGGAGGAGGUUAAGAAGAAGGCGUCGUGGUACGUCACAGACUUCCAGGAACUGAUUACGUCACUCGCGAUCCAGACUAAGUGAUUACCGUAUAAUGAAUAUAAACCUUAUUCAGUUGUUAUAAGGUUGUAAAUAAUAAAAUUUUUGUUAUCGUUCAAGAUUGAACCUUGCUACAAAUGUAUAGCGUGCCUUGCAGUAUAUACAACAUGUACAUAUUGAAUUUGACACAUAUAUUUUUGACAUUUAUAAUGUAAAUUGUUUAGGUUAAGGGCUGUAGAAUUGUUUGUGCAUUUAUUGUUGUGAUGGUACUUUGAGUACAAUGUUUUAUUAACAAGUAUUUGUGGGACAUAGUCUCGUUUAGUGUUGCUUUUAGAUUAAUAAUAAUAAUAAAUUGUAACACUGAAACUUAAAUGACAGACAAGAUGGCGUCCUCAAGAUGGCGGACGUUUAGAAACAUGUAAUAAUAUAUUUUUUUAUUAUUCUUUUGACAUUUUUAAAUUAUGUAUUCUAUUAAGUUUUAGACAUCUAUAUUGCUAGUUCACAAUUCUAGUUUUAUUUUUAGCUUAAUAUUUUUAGUUACUUUACGGUAUUAAAAUUUAAGAACAGAGUAUGUUGAUGUUGCAGAUCGUUUUAAUGCUAAUUUGAAUAUGUUUUUGUUGUGUCAAAAAUGGCUGUGUACUUCCAUAAUGUUAAGAAAUAAAAUGAUUUUACAGUAA